AUGACGAGCAAGCCAAUCUUUGUGGCUACUCAUCCGAGGGCAUGCUCGACCGCCUUUGAGCGCGUCUUCAUGACCCGCUGCAAGACCCUGCAGUGCGUACACGAGCCCUUUGGCGACGCAUAUUACUUUGGACCAGAACGACUAGCAGAACGCUAUGAAAACGACCCCGAGGCGAGGAAACAGAGCGGGUACUCUGAGAGCACAUACCGGACCAUCUUUGACAGGAUCGCGAGGGAGAACUCCGAAGGCAAACGUGCCUUUAUCAAGGAUAUGGCACAGUACUGGAUACCGCCGAACAACAAGCCGGCAACAGUCGCUCCAUCUCUUUCCAACUAUAAGCGCGGCGUAGGAACUGAUACCACCGCUCUCUCUCCUGUCCAGACAAAUGAACCCAGAGAGGGUCCUCCAUACCCUUAUAACACUAAAGCUGAGCCUGGGAACCCGACCGUCAUCCCUGCCGAUCUUCUCGCGACUUACCAUUUCACGUUCUUGAUCCGUCAUCCCAGGAACAGUAUCCCCAGCUACUACCGUUGCACUAUUCCGCCCCUGGACAAAAUGACGGGAUUCUACAACUUCCGUCCCGAUGAGGCUGGCUAUGCAGAGCUUCGUGUCUUCUUUGACUACCUUCGUAGUGCUGGUCAAAUUGGUCCCAAAAUCGCGGGCCAGACUGAGGUCAAUGGCCAGGCUGAGACGAACGGUCACUCUGGCGGCGUGGAGAUUUGUGUCAUUGAUGCUGAUGACUUGUUGGACAACCCCUCUGGGAUUAUCGAGGCAUUCUGCAAAAGCACCGGUAUAAAGUACGAGCCAGAAAUGCUCAUCUGGGAUACCGAGGAAGACCAGGCGAAUGCAAAGAAGGCUUUUGAGAAAUGGAAAGGCUUCCACGAGGACGCACUCGACAGUGACAGACUGAGAGCCAGGACGCAUAAGAAGACCCCAAAAAGCGACGAGGAGCUGUUUCAGGAAUGGACCGAGAAAUAUGGCGAAGAAGCUGCGAAGGUCAUCCGUGAUACGGUUGCGGAGAAUGUCGAGCAUUACGAAUAUCUGAAGCAGUUUGCAGUCAAGGUCUGA